UUGAGUGAAUCAAAUGUUAAUCCUCCAAAUACGCGAGUAGGACCCGAGAGCUUCCAAUUACUGAAGGUUUUAGGCAAGGGUGGAUAUGGGAAGGUCUUUCAAGUUAGAAAAAUUAAUGGACGAGACAAAGGCAGAAUUUUUGCCAUGAAAGUUUUAAAAAAGGCGACUAUAGUUAGGAAUCAAAAAGAUACUGCUCAUACUAAGGCUGAGAGGAAUAUUCUUGAAGCCGUUAAGAGUCCAUUCGUUUGCGAAUUAAUUUAUGCAUUUCAAACUGGUGGUAAACUUUAUUUAAUUCUUGAAUAUUUAAGUGGCGGCGAACUAUUCAUGCAUCUGGAACGUGAAGGUAUUUUUAUGGAGGAAACUGCUGCUUUCUAUCUUUCUGAAAUUGUUUGUUCUUUGGAGCAUCUUCAUAAACAGGGUAUUAUUUAUCGCGAUUUAAAACCUGAAAAUAUUCUUUUGGACAGUCGAGGACAUGUGAAAUUAACUGACUUUGGACUUUGUAAGGAGUCAAUUGAAGGAGACCAAAAAACCCACACUUUCUGCGGAACAAUUGAAUAUAUGGCUCCUGAAAUCUUGAUGCGAGUGGGACAUGGGAAGGCUGUCGACUGGUGGAGCCUUGGUGCUCUUAUGUUCGAUAUGCUGACUGGGGGCCCUCCGUUCACUGCAGAAAAUAGGUGGGAGAAGAAAACUAUAGAUAAGAUUCUGAAAGGGAGGCUUACUUUACCUACCUACCUGAGCGGUGAUGCGAAAGAUUUGAUUAAAAAAUUGCUGAAGAGGCAUGUCGAGACUCGUCUUGAAAUCAAAGGGCAUCCAUUCUUCUCUUCUUUCAACUGGGAUCGCGUCUAUGCUCGUGAGAUGGAACCACCAUUUAAACCAAAUAUUACUGCUGACGAUGACGCCUCUUUAUUUGACAAAAAGUUCACGGAAAUGACUCCAGUAGAUUCUCCUUGUGAUAAUAAUUUAUCAAUGUCAGUAAACCCAUUUGAGGGGUUCACAUAUGUUGCUCCAAGUGUUCUGGAGGAUAUGUACAAUGAUACUCCAACUGUAGUUAAAGCGCGUUCUCCACGGAAGCACCAAUUGUAA